AUGAUAAGAAUUAGGAGUAUCGAUUUGUUUUUGAAAAGUAACUUACGGUCAAGAAAAAAUGAGUUUAACAAAAUUAGUAAGAGAACCUUUGGUGGAACAUUUAACCAUAACAUAAAAGAAAACGAUAGAGUACCACCUGCAUCUGAAAAUCCAAGUUAUAAGAAUUUGUUUGAUCAUGCGGAGGAUAUUAAAUUAUGGGAAAUAGAAGAAAAGAAAAACAUUAGUCAUAAAAGUGUCGACGAUUUGUCUGAAUUAGUUGAACCAUCAAAUCAUCCUCAUCAGUAUGAAGGUAUAUUUGUAAGAACGAGGUAUGCUCACUAUAAUCAAACAGCUGAACCUGUAUUUCCUAGGAAACCAGAUUUAAAGAAAGGUGAAUUAGCUAGUGGAGCUAAUGUAACAAGAACAGAUGUAUGGAAUGAUCCUAAUGAACCUGCAGUUGUUUCCGUAGGCAAGUUUGAACCCAAUAAUUUUAGACCAGCUGGUUAUAUUGAAAAUACACCCAACCCUGAUAGUAUAAAUUCUGAAUAUCAUCCUGAUUUUAGAGAAUACAGAUUAAGAAGUGGGAAUGCAGAUAGGAGAACAUUUAUGUAUUUUAUAAGUGCAUCUUAUUUUUUUAUUAUGUCUUCAAUUAUGAGAUCAACUAUAUGUAAGUCCGUUCAUUUUUUUUGGAUUUCAAAGGAUUUAGUAGCAGAAGGUACUACCGAAUUAGAUAUGAGAACAGUUAGCCCAGGAGAACAUGUUGUUAUUAAAUGGAGGGGUAAACCUAUUUUUGUAAGGCAUAGAACUCCUGAAGAUAUUCAAAGAGCAAGAGAUGAUGAUAAACUAAUUGAGACCAUGAGAGACCCACAAUUAGAUUCAGACAGAACAAUUAAACCCGAAUGGCUAGUUAAUAUAGGAGUUUGUACUCAUUUAGGUUGUAUACCUGCACCUGGAGGAAAUUAUAGCGGUUAUUUUUGCCCAUGUCAUGGAUCUCAUUAUGAUAAUUCCGGUAGGGUUCGUCAAGGCCCAGCACCUUCAAAUUUGGAAGUUCCUCCAUAUGAAUUUGUUGACGAAAAUACUAUUAAAAUUGGUUGA